AUGAGUUCCUCAGAUCCCACCUCUCUGCUAGUGGCAGCAGCAGUCCCGGCAUUCAAAUGUCCUGCUGGGACAAAGAUGCACAUUCUGAACUUGGGCUCCCUUCAAGCAGAUGAAUCAUGGAUCUUCAGAGGUGGCAAUGCAAGCUCCUUGAGCAACCUUAAUCCAGUGAACAAACGUCGAAAUUUAGUGCUCCUUUCAGCUCUCAUUGAGUACCCUGGAGUUGGCCUUAUCCUUUAUGAGACGGGCUGUGCUGAGGAUCUAGACGUGAAAUGGCCAGCACCAGUCACAGAUGUCUUUCCACGAGUUGAAUACUCUGAGAACCAUAAGCUCCCUAAUGCUAUCAAGGCCACUGGGAACGACAUCAAGGACGUGAAAGCGGUAGUCAUUGGCCAUCUGCACCUUGAUCAUGCCGGAGGACUUGAACAUUUUGCGAACACGGAUGUCCCAAUCUAUGUCCAUGAAGAAGAGUUCAAGCACGCUUGCUGGGCGGUAGCAACCGGGGCUGACUUAGGUGUCUAUCUAGGGCACUAUAUGUUGCUCGAGGAGCUGAAAUGGAACACCUUCAACGAGUCACAACUCGACCUUUGGCAAGGUAUAACACUCCACCAUUCACCUGGUCACACACCUGGACUCUGCAUCAUGCAAGUCAAUCUUGCCAACGAUGGACCCUUUAUUUGGACCUCGGACCAGUUUCACGUUGCAGAAAACUAUGAUCUGGGUCAUCCCCACGGAGGCUUAGCUAGGGAUCACAAUGCGUGGUAUCGCAGUCUCAACAUGAUUCGCAGACUUCAAAGACUGUACAAUGCAACGUUGAUUUUCGGCCAUGACAAGGAGGUUGCAUACAAGCUCAUAAAUGCGAAGCCGUACUAUGAGUGA